AUGACGUUUAAGAUAGACGGAAAGUGUCUGUGCUAUCAUGGGCCUUUGUUGUAUGAGGCGAGGAUUCUGCGGGUGUACGACCCUGACACAAGGACAUACAUGGACAGACACAAUGAGCGGGUUGAGGUGACAGAGGAAGAUAAAAUACCGAAAGAUGGGUUAGAGCGGCCGCUUUGGUUUAUUCAUUAUCAGGGGUGGAAGGCUACUUGGGAUGAGUGGGUCGGGAGGGAGCGAAUUCGGCCGUACAACGAGGAGAAUCUUGCGUUGAAGCGGCAGCUGGUGCAGGAUGUGAAGGAGGCAGCAGCAGCAGCCAAGAGGGCUAAAAGUAAAGGGGGUUCUAGUGGCAGCGGCGGUGGCAGCAGCAGUGGCCUUCGGGAGCAUUCACCUUUGCCGCGGGGACGGGGCCAUCAUCAGCAUUCCGGGACUGGGAUGGUGGCGCAUUCAGGCUCGGGCUCGGGUGCUGGAUCUGGAGGCGGUGCUGGUACUGGUGCUGGACAGCAAGGCGGCGAGGGGCAGCUGGGAUUGGGCUCCACGGCUGGGCCUCUGCUUCAAGGUUCUGGUAGUGUGCCAAAGAUUACUGUGCGGAUGCCAGUGGUCCUGAAAUCUUUACUAGUAGACGAUUGGGAGCUAAUUACCAAGGAAAGAAAACUCGUCGAGCUGCCUUGUGCGCCUAGUGUGCACGAUAUCCUCGCCAAGUAUUACAAGGACCGCUCGGCGCAGCUCCAGUCCCCCGUAGGACAGGCACUGCUCCAUGAAUUCGUCGAGGGCGUUGCCCUGUACUUUGACCAGUCCUUAUCCCAUCUUCUGCUGUACCGUCUUGAGCGACUGCAGUUCGACGAGGUCUGCGGAAGCACAAUGCCUGACGCUGGGACCGAUGCUCUCCCGCAGCAGCUAUCUCCCCGCCCUAGUACCGUGUAUGGCGGAAUUCACCUUGUUAGACUAAUUAGCCUGAUCCCAGAACUCAUCGCGGGCACCACCAUGGACGAGAAAAGCUGCCACACUGUCGUCUCUCAAUGCGAAUCCCUCUUGAACUGGAUUGGCACUCGCAUCGAGCAGCUUAUCCCAAACAAGUAUAUCAACACCAGCGCGCAGUACGAGGGCGUCGCCUUGGGCAUGUGA